UCAAGAAACGAAAAAAUUAAAUCACACUGACGUCCAAUUCAAGAAAAAGUGAUAAAAAAAAAUUGAAUUUUUCUAAAACUAAAAUUUUGCAUUAUUAAAAAAAACAAGAAGAAAUAAGUAAAGUAAAAGAAACAACAAAUUAUAAAUAUGCAAAAUAAAUAAAUUUAAUAUAAUUAAUAUUUAAAAUUCACAUUUAUAAAACAUUAUUGCAUUAAUAAACAAUAUAAAAUGUCCCUGUAUUUAGAAAAAAAUUCAAUUAAAUAAAAUAUUGAACAAAAAUUAUUUGAAUAUUAAAUUUAAAAUAUUUAUAUAACUUUUAAUUAAAAUCACAACUGCUUAUAUAAAAACGUAAAACUACUACAUACUUAUAUAAAAACGUAAAAAUUAUAUAAUAAUGUCAUCCGAAGCAUCCCCACCACCACCAAUAAUUACUUGUAAAAAUAUGUCACCGGACGCAAUGUCUUCAAAAUCAGCUACUGAAUCAAAUAUAAUUGAUAAAACACAAUUAGAAAUUGGUGACCAAACACCACCUAUCACACAACAACAACAAUUUAAAUUACCAUCACCAUCAUCACAAUCAUCGGCAUUAUCUCCAGCAUCUCCAUUUUUAAAAUCAAAUACACCACCUGAAAAUAUAAAUCGUUUAAAAGAAAAUCAAUCAAAUUCAUCUGCAAUAACACCAACAACAAUAACAAGUGCAGCUCAAGAAAUAAUAACUACAACUUCAAUAGGAUCAUCAUCAUCAUCAUCUUCAUCAUCGUCAGCAUCAUCAACACAUUCAGAUGAUAAUAUGUCACCUUCAGAUGAUAUUAAUAGACGUCCUCCAUCACAAUAUAAUAUGAAAAUAAAUUUGGAUAAAAAUAUUGAUGCAAUAGCUGAAAGUUUAAGUGAAGCAAAUAAUUUAAAAAGAUCUAAAACUCCAAUUCAAACAUCAUCAUCAACAACAGCAACAACCAUACAGCAUCAAACAUCAAUAAUACCAAAACAAUCUUCAGCAUUAUUAGAUGCAAAAUUCACAAGUACAUUUAAUACAUCAGCAACACCAUCAUCAUCAUUAUUAACGACAACAGCAACAGCAUCUGCAGGUGCAUCAACAACAUCACCAUCAUCACAACAAUUCUGUUUACGUUGGAAUAAUUAUCAAAGUAAUUUGACAAGUGUUUUUGAUGAAUUAUUACAAAAUGAAUCGUUUGUUGAUGUUACUCUGGCAUGUGACGGUCAAUCAAUUAAAGCCCAUAAGAUGAUUUUAUCAGCAUGUAGUCCAUAUUUUCAAGCAUUAUUCUUUGAUAAUCCAUGCCAACAUCCAAUUAUUAUAAUGCGUGAUGUCAAAUACAGCGAAUUAAAAGCAAUUGUAGAUUUUAUGUAUAAAGGUGAAAUUAAUGUUAGCCAAGAUCAAAUUGGACCAUUACUAAGAGUAGCCGAAAUGUUAAAAAUACGUGGUUUAGCGGAUGUUAGUAAUGAAGACCCAUCAGCUGACACACCAUCUCCAACACCAUUACUAAGUGAAAAUAAUAAUUUUAAUCGAUCAAAUAAUAAAUUAAGUGAUUUAACGCUGAAUCGUAGUAAUAAGAUUAAAAAUAAUUCAACAGCACAAAUACAUACAAAAGAUUUUAGUAAUCGUGAAACAACAAAUGGUAAUAAAGAUUUAGCAACCAAAGAACGUGUAUGUACACCAAUUGUAGAUAGAGAACAUGAAAUGAGGGAAAGAGAUUUAUUAAUACGAGAGAAGGAAAGGGAUAGAGAUCGUGACAGAGAUAGAGAAAGUCCAUUUUUAAGAAAAACUGAUUUCGAAAAAUUUAUUCCAACCAAUGGACCCAAAAUUGAUUUUAAUUCCGAACUCACAUUAAAAAAGGCACGUCUAUCACGGGAUUGGGAUUUAGCGAGUUUAGAAAUUAGUUUACAACAACAGCAACAAAGGCACCAACAACAGCAGCAUCAACAACAACAGCAACAACAACAGCAGCUUCGCCAGCAAUUACCGGUCGGUGUCGCACAUGAAUUAAUGAUUGAAAGUCGUCUAAAUGCAGCCCGCAAAAGACCACGUUGGCCUUCAAUGGAUAACUCACGUAAUUUAGAGAGUCCUUUAGGUAUACUUGAAAGAGCAAAUGUUGGCGCAAGUUUAUCUGAAAGAUUAAGUAGUGAACGUGAAAGAGAGCGUGAUCGUGAAAGGGAACGAGAACGAGAACGUAGUAGUCGACCCCAAUCUUUAGGUGGUGCAAAUAGUGAUAAUUUAAUGGAACGUAAUUGUAAUCGAGAUGAACGUGAAAUUGUUAAUCGUAGUGUUGGAAGCAAUAUUGGUACUGGAAGUAUUGGUGCUAUUGGUAAUCGUAGUAUUAGUGAUUUACAUGGUAAUAGUAGUGGAACAUGUACACCAGAUAAUAGUCAUGAUAUAUCGUCACCAGUUGCAAGUGCUGUUGCAGCUGCAUUACAACAACAAGCAGCAGUUGCUGCUGCAGCUGCUGCACAACAACAGCAACAACAACAGCAACAACAAAUUCCUCAUCCGCCCGGAACACCACAACCACCAAUUCCACCAUUUCCACUAGGACCUGGUGGCUUAGAUCCAGUUAGUUUAGCAUCAAUUGGUGGUUUAGGAGCUCACGUUGAUGAUUUAGAAAUUAAACCAGGAAUAGCUGAAAUGAUACGUGAAGAAGAAAGGGUAAGUUCCCGAUUUUUUUUAUUAUCAUCAAUGAAGUAUAAUAUAAAAUUAAACUGAAAUAUAAAAAUGGUUGUAAGUGGCCACACAUAAUUUAAUUUUAAUGAAUUUUAUUGUGAAAAUUUUACGAUAGCCGUGGACGCAAAAUGGUGAGCCCAAUUAUGCGAAUAUUUUUAUAUUUUUUUAUAUGUACAAAGUAUAUGUGUAUAUUUUUUUAUUUAUUUAAUUCUUUUGUAAUGAGUUAAUAAUUAAAAUCUCUUUCUUACGAUGUCUUUUGUUACGGUACAAUCAACAAUCUACUGUAAAAUCUUUCUUUAUAUUUUUUCCAAGACGCCACAUUCUGCUUACCGGCUCGCACAUACCAUAAUUAGUCCUAUAACUAAAACGAGUUUAUAAUAAGACUGUAAGGUGGUACUAUAAAAAAAUUCGGCGAACGAGGUCUUGAAUUAGUGUUAGAGAUGAUUUUGUCCAGAAUGUCGGCCGAUAUGUGCUCAAAUUUCAAAACUUGGAAAAUAAAUGUAACAUCAACGGUUUUUCGUCUUUUUGCCAAGAUCAGCAUACAAAUAAGCCUUAAUCUAUAUUCAUAAGGGAUGAAUUCUUAUAUACAUAUGUAUUUAACUAUGCAUUUUUUUCAAUCCGAUCAAAUUUUCCAAAUCAAUAUUGUAAAUUAUAAUUUUUAAAGCUUAUUAUUCUUAUAAAAAUAAUAACUAAAAGAGUGCGUCUCUUCUAAGUUUGUACAAGUAACGUGUCAUACAUGCAUAUACAUACAUACAUUACACGUAUACAAUUAUAUAUGUUUUACAACAGAAAUAUUGCAUAUGAGACCACAAAAUAUUUUUCAUUUCAAUAAAACUAAAGUCUA